AACCACACAUCGAUCCUCGAAAUCAAUGGAAGAAGACUGGGAAGCUUUCAGUGAGUUCCUCAGGAAGAGACAACCUCCGCGUUCGCUCUCUGAGAGUACUGCUGAUGACGCAGUUGAAUUCCUCCUUACCCUGUCCUCCGAUAGAGUCAACAAAGUGGUCGGCUUCCUCAGCGCCACCACCUUCAAAGAGAUCGACGGGAACCAAAAGCAAAAUCCUUUUGGCAGUCCAGUUGUAAGCAACUUUUUGAAAGAACAUGAUGAAUAUGGCGGGAAGAAGAAGAAGAAGAAGAAGAAGAAGAAGAGCGUUGAAGCUGAUCUUGGAAACUCGGUCACACCCUCCGAGGAAGUUGAAACUCCUCUCCGGCUAAAAUUGCCCGGGCAUAGCAUUACAGGGUUUGAAUCUGUCUUACUCGUUACUUGUGGUGGCAACGACCAAGAAUCCGAGGAGAGAUACUUUAUCAGCUACAUCUUCAAUGAGUUUUGUCUCCGCGGCUUCGCUCCUUUGAGAUAUGAUAUAACUAGGAGCAUAGUGAAUGGGUGCCCUGAGAUGCUAUACAGAUCUCGGGUUGCUGUUAUCAUUUUCUCGAUGAACUAUGCUCGUUCCACAGAGUCUCUGGAUGGAUUUGUGGCGACCAUGGACUAUUUGAAAGCAAACAACCUUCUGCUUAUUCCUGUGUUUUUUAAAGUUAGUCUUGAGGACGUCAGUGGUCAGAGUUGUUAUUUUGAAAAAGCAUUCUCACGACUUGAGAAUUCAGUCCAGGCAUCUCAAGUUUUGAAAUGGAGGGCGGCUAUGAUCAAAUUAACUUCCAUCAAUAGAUAUUACUAUAUGAAGGGGCAUCAAGUUAUUAUGCUUGCCAAGGAUAUCUUCAAAGAUGUUUGCUUCUUGCUCAGUUCUGAAACUAACGGAAUCAAGCAUCCAUUUGAGGUUAUAUUGUCUCUGGUGAAUUCUUCUCAGUCUUCAUCCCCACAUAUUGUUGGACUUUGGGGUAUGGCUGGCAUAGGGAAGACUAUCAUCUCUAGAGAUAUUUUCAGAACACAAGCUGGGAAAUAUGACGUGUGCUACUUUCUGCCAGACUUUGAUAUAAUGUGUCAAACAAAAGGGCUUAGUCAUUUGCGUGAUGAAUUCUUCUCGAAAAUCUUUGGUGAAGAAAAAGUUUUCACAGACGUAUGUGAUACAAAAAUAAGUUUCACAAGGGAUAGGCUCCUUGAUAAAAGGGUUCUCAUUGUUCUUGAUGGUGUGAGUAAUGCUAGAGAUGCAGAAUUUUUGCUUGGAGGGUUUGGUUGGUUUUCUGGUGGACAUACAAUCAUUUUAACAUCUAGGAAUAGGCAAGUUCUUGUACAGUGUAACGCCAAAGAGCUUUACCAAAUCCCAAAACUAUCCGAGUUUGAAUCUCUUUGCGUUUGCUGCUAUUUUUCCACUAAAGAAAAUUGGAAUAGAAGUAAGUCAUCAAUCUCGGAGCUGGUGAACUACGCUACUGGCAUUCCAUUGGCUCUAGGAGUCUUAGGUUCGUCUGUACUAAAUCAUUGUGUUAAUGAUGAGGAAGAACAUCUGAGAAGAUUGCGCCAACAUCCUCCAGUCGAGAUUCAGGAUGCAUUUAGAAGAAGUUUUAGUGGACUAGAUGACAACGAGAAGAACAUCUUUUUGGACCUUGCAUGUUUUUUUAGAGGGGAGGAUAAAGAUCAUGUGGUAAACAUCCUUGAUGGUUGCGGAUUUCUUACGGAUUUAGGAAUCUAUGGUCUCAUUGAUGAGUCUCUCAUCAGCCUUGUAGAUAACAGGAUAUAUAUGCCCAACAUUUUUGAAGACACGGGUCGAUUUGUUGUUUGUCAAGAAAACAAUGAGGCAGGCAAGCGUAGCAGAUUGUGGGAUCCUAAUGAUAUUGUUAAUGUGCUGACAAACAAUUUAGGGAAAGAAGAAAUUGAAGGCAUAUUUUUGGAGGCGUCUGACUUAGCAUUUGAGUUGAGUCCUACUGUAUUUGAGAGGAUGUAUAGACUUAGAUUGUUCAAACUCCACUGUCCAAGUUCUAACCAUUGCGAGGUUUGUCUACCUCAAGGUCUUAACUCUUUGCCUGAUGAGCUACGGCUACUCCACUGGGAAAGAUAUCCUCUCGGAUCCUUACCUCGGAACUUCAAUCCUAAAAACCUUGUAGUAUUGAACAUGUCAUAUAGCAACUUGACUAAACUAUGGAAAGGAACAAAGAAUCUCGAGAAGCUAAAGAGGAUCAUUCUAAGUCACUCCCGGCAGUUGACUAAAUUCCCAAGGCUUACAAAGGCGACGAACCUUGAGCAUAUUGAUCUUGAAGGAUGUACGAGUCUGGUUAAAGUUAACUCAUCGAUUCUUCAUCAUCACAAGCUUACUUUCUUGAGUCUGAAAGAUUGUUCUCAUUUGCGGAUUAUGCCUGCCACUGUUCAUCUAGAAUCUCUUGAAGUUCUUAAUCUAUCUGGCUGCUCAGAUCUUGAGGACCUUCAUGAUUUCUCACCAAACCUGAAAGAGCUAUAUCUAGCCGGGACUGCCAUUAGAGAGAUGCCAUCAUCAAUCGAGGAACUCACUAGACUUGUUACAUUAGAUCUGGAGAAUUGUGAAAGACUUCAGCACCUGCCACAGGGUAUAAGUAACCUGAAAGCUGCGGUUAAACUUAGCACAAAACGUCCUGCUUCUUCCAUGGAUACAAGGGAUCUAUCUAGCUUGGAGGAUAUAACAUCACCAUAUAAGAGAUGCCGAUUGAAGAGAGUUAUUGAGUCUGUUAUUUUAAUGCUAAGAAAAAGGAAGGGAGCCAAGAGGGUCUCUAGAGCCACAAGCCUUUCUGAGGUUCAGCAUAGCUCAGCUUCUACCUUGGUAAAUGAUUCCUCUUUCAAGUCUUCUUGGGGAUAUCAUGUUUUACCAGAAAGACCUAGCCAACCCGAAUGCCAAGAUUACAUGAAGACAGGCGACUGCAAAUUUGGCCAUGUUUGUAAAUUUCAUCAUCCGAGGAACAAAGAAACUCAUGUCCUUGAGAAUACAUCUUCCGUGGCUUCCAAAACACCGGAAAUGAAUCCGCUAGGACUAUCUCUUUCACUUGGAUCUUCUUCAACAAGUGAGAAAUUUAGAAUACACAAGAAUACAUCUUCCAUGGUUUCUGAGACUUCAGCUUGGAAGUCGAAUACGCAUAGACGUUUGUCUUUACUUGGGACUUCACCUUGUGUGUCUGACACAACACAAGCAACCGUUGGUAGGAACACCAAUGAUUCAAAGCAACAGGGAGAAGAAAAUUCAGAUAUAUAUGAUUGGUGAUGAAGAAUCAAGAAACACGUCAAGCAUCAUUUCUAUAGUUUUUGUUUGGUGGUAAAAGAAUCGGUAAACUUUGUUUAAGCUGAUAUUUUGAAAGCAACUUGAAAACUAUCUGAUUCAUUGCAGUAGAAAAAAGAUAUAUGCAAAAAAAAGCGCUGGAUCAUUUUUAUAAUGACGUUUGUAAAGAUC